AUGAAGUUUAAUUUUUAUUGUAGAAUUAUUUUAUUAUUUUCAUUUGUUUUUUUAUUUAAACAAAUAAAUUCCACAGGUGUUUUUUUAGAAGACUAUCACAGAUGUAGAGAACGAUGUGAAAUAAAAAAUACCAAUAAUAAUUUUUUAACGAUUACUAUUAAAACUGAAUAUAGUUAUUCAGAGGAAUUUGAUCAAUGCAAAGAAGCUUGCCAAACUAAAAAUAACAAUUUAUUACAAGAUAUUUGUGAAAAUCCAUCAUUUUUACAUUGGAAUGAACCAUCAGUAGAGACCAAUGCACAUCUUGAUUCUUUAAAAAAAAGAUGUCAAUAUUUUUCAAAUAGAAUGUCUCGUAUUGAUUUGGACUAUAUUGAAACUUUAUAUAAAUACAAAGAACUUGUUGAAAUUGAUUGUACUAAUAUGUUAUGUUAUUUGGGUGGAGGAAUUAAUACUUUUGGUGUGAAUAAAUAUGGAAAACCAAUUAAACCAAGAAUAAGAAAUUUUCCAAUGGAGAAUAUUGAAGAAAAUGAUGAAAAUUAA